CCAUAUCCGACGAACAGAAUUUCCUGCCAAAGUAGUUCAUUUAUUUUUCCUAUCCGAAUUCUCCGCUUAGAAAAUUUUGCUUUCCAAAUCCAAAGAAUCAUAAAAAAGGAAAAAUGGCGACCUCUGCUUUAGCCAUUGCAACUGCAAAGCCAUUGACCCAUCGUUUCUCCAACUCUAAGCACACUUCAUCACCAUCCUUCUCCUGUUCUUGCUCUUCUUCCACGCCACUCCCACCUCCCAACGAACCCAAACUCUCUUUCAACUCAAAACCUGUUGCGAAACAAUGUGUUUUCAAUGUGGGUGUUGGGCUUUUAGCAGCUUCACUUCUUGCUUGCUCACCAUUGGAGGCUGAUGCCACCAGGAUCGAGUAUUUUGCAACUGUUGGGGAACCUCAAUGUGAGCUCAACUAUGCCAAAUCUGGUCUUGGUUACUGUGAUGUUAUUGUAGGGUCUGGUGUGGAAGCUCCACGUGGAGAGCUUGUCAAUAUUCACUACACUGCAAGAUUUGCUGAUGGGAUAGUCUUUGAUAGUAGCUAUAAACGUGCUAGACCUCUCACCAUGCGAAUUGGUCUUGGCAAGGUCAUUAAGGGAUUGGACCAGGGAAUUUUAGGGGGUGAAGGAGUCCCUCCUAUGCUUGUUGGUGGAAAACGUAGGCUUCAGAUUCCACCAAACUUAGCAUAUGGACCAGAACCUGCGGGAUGCUUUUCCGGCGACUGCAACAUACCUGCCAAUGCAACUCUCCUAUAUGAUAUUAACUUUGUUGGCAUCUACUCUGGAAAUGCAAAGUGAUUAAAGUGAUGGUCCCUCCAAUCUGAUACUUUUUGACAGGUACCUGUUGGUGGAACACUUUGACCAACUAAAUGAUUUAUCCAAAUAGUUCGGUGUCUACCAAACAAGCUCCUAAAGACUAUGUUCCAUGCUACCAUAUUAUUUUCUUUGGAGUUAGGCCUUUGUUUCUUUAUAAUAUAUAUAUAUAUAUAUUCUGUUUCUUGUGUGCAAAUGGCAUCCAAUUUUAAAGGCAAACAGAUACUUGGUGAAGGGCUAAAAUUAUACUUCUACAAACUUCAUUUGGUAGACAUUUUUGUAAUAUUCAAGCUCAACAAUCCGAGGUUAAGCCCUUUCAAUA